UACUUCAAUGUUUCUCUUCUUGCAGAGAUGUCAGGAACGGGGUCUGACAUUUCCUUGGUGCACUGGAAGCAGCAGUGGCUGGAGAACGGCACCCUGUAUUUCCACGUUUCGAUGAGCAGCGCCGAGCAGCUUUCUCGGGCCACACCGCCGACCCUGCAGGAACCUUCCGAGAUUGUGGAAGAGCAGAUGCACAUUCUUCACAUCUCCGUCAUGGGUGGAUUGAUUGCUCUGCUGUUGCUGCUGCUGGUCUUCACGGUGGCCUUGUAUGCCCAGCGCCGUUGGUACAAGCAGCGCCGGAUCCCGCAGAAGAGCGCCAGUACAGAAGCCACCCACGAGAUUCAUUACAUCCCGUCGGUGCUUCUGGGCUCCCAGGGUCGGGACAGCUUCCGGAAUUCACGCUUGCAAUCCCACACUUCGGUCAUUGGCAUGCCCAUCCGCGAGACCCCCAUCCUGGAUGACUACGACUACGAGGAGGAAGAAAACCCCCUACAUCCUGAGCAUGGCUACCAGGAAGAGGACGAGUUCAGCGCCCAGAUGACGAGGCAGCUGGACAGCUUGGGCCGAAGCGGAGAGAAGCCUGACUACGAAAAGAAAGCUGCAGAAAUGACGCAAGAAACAGUGGAGUCCCUGAUGCAGAAGUUUAAGGAGAGUUUUCGGACCAAUACGCCCAUUGAGAUUGGCCAGUUGCAGCCAGCCCUGCGCAGUUCGUCGGUUGGGAGGCGAAAACGGAGGAACCGUCCCAGAGGUGGGAUUGGCUUUGGCCGUGCCAAGGGCAACUCCGGCUCUGAAGCUGAUGACGAGACUCAGUUGACCUUCUACACGGAGCAGUACAGGAGUCGGCGACGUAGUAAAGGUUCCCUGAAGAGUCCUGUAAACAAGACAGCCUUGACGUUAAUCGCGGUGAGUUCAUGCAUCCUCGCCAUGGUGUGUGGCACUCAGCUGUCCUGCCCAUUGACGGUUAAGGUGACACUUCAUGUUCCUGAACACUUCAUUGCUGAUGGGAGCAGCUUUGUUGUGAGCGAGGGAAGCUAUCUGGACAUCUCUGACUGGCUAAACCCAGCCAAGCUCUCCCUCUAUUACCAAAUCAAUGCCACGUCUCCUUGGGUGAGGGAUCUGUGUGGACAGAGGACUACAGAUGCCUGCGAACAGCUUUGCGAUCCAGAUACUGGCGAGUGCAGCUGUCACAAUGGCUACUCCCCCGAUCCUGUCCAUCGGCAUCUAUGUGUGCGCAAUGACUGGGGGCACAGUGAAGGACCGUGGCCCUAUACAACCCUUGAAAGAGGCUAUGACUUGGUUACCGGAGAACAAGCACCCGAAAAAAUACUUAGGUCCACCUACAGCCUGGGCCAGGGCCUCUGGCUUCCCGUCAGCAAGAGCUUUGUGGUGCCUCCGGUUGAACUUUCAAUCAAUCCGUUGGCCAGCUGCAAGACAGAUGUCCUUGUGACGGAAGAUCCAGCUGAUGUCAGGGAAGAAGCAAUGCUGUCCACCUAUUUUGAAACCAUCAAUGACCUCCUGUCUUCCUUUGGGCCAGUUCGAGACUGUUCGCGCAACAACGGCGGCUGCACACGCAACUUCAAGUGUGUAUCAGAUCGGCAAGUGGACUCCACAGGCUGCGUGUGUCCUGAGGAGCUGAGGCCCAUGAAGGAUGGCACUGGCUGCUACGACUACUCCAAAGGGAUUGACUGCUCAGAUGGUUUCAACGGUGGUUGCGAGCAGCUGUGUUUGCAGCAAACUGUCCCUCUUCCAUCUGAACCUCUUUCCAGCACCAUCCACAUGUUCUGCGGUUGUGUGGAGGAAUACAAGCUGGCACCCGAUGGCAAGUCCUGCCUCAUGCUGUCGGACAUCUGUGAAGGGCCCAAGUGCCUCAAGUCGGAUGUGAAAUUCAACGACACGCUGUUUGGAGAGAUGCUGCACGGCUACAACAACCGCACUCUCCACGUCAACCAAGGGCAGGUCUUCCAGAUGACAUUCAGAGAGAACAACUUCAUCAAGGACUUUCCCCAGUUGGCUGAUGCACUGAUGGUCAUCCCUUUGCCAGUUGAAGAGCAGUGUCGCGGUGUGCUCUCUGAGCCUCUGCCCAACCUCCAGCUGCUCACAGGCGAUAUCCGUUAUGAUGAAGCCAUGGGCUACCCCAUGGUGCAGCACUGGCGGGUCAGAAGCAACUUAUACAGAGUAAAGCUCAGCACGAUCGCCCUUUCAGCAGGAUUUGCAAACGUCCUGAAGAUCCUGAACAAAGACAGCAGCCGAGAGGAGCUGCUCUACUUCAUCCAACAGUAUGGCUCCCAUUAUAUCGCAGAGGCCUUGUACGGGUCCGAAUUCAGCUGUACUAUUCGUUUCCCCAGCAAGAAGGUCCAGCAGCAACUGUGGCUCCAGUAUCAGAAAGAAACGACUGAACUUGGCAACAAGAAGGAGCUGAAGUCCAUGCCGUUCAUCACCUACCUCUCGGGCCUCCUGACCGCUCAGAUGCUCUCGGAUGACCAGUUGAUCACCGGUGUGGAGAUCCGCUGCGAAGAAAAAGGACGGUGCCCUUCGACGUGCCACUUGUGCCGCCGGCCGGGCAAAGAGCAGCUUAGCCCGACUCCGGUGCUCUUGGAAAUCAACCGCGUCAUCCCACUGUACACGCUGAUCCAGGACAACGAGACCCAAGAGGCUUUCAAGGGGGCCCUCAUGAGUUCAUACUGGUGCUCGGGGAAAGGAGACGUGAUUGAGGACUGGUGCCGAUGUGACCUCAAUGCCUUUGAUGAGAACGGACUCCCCAACUGCAGCCCUCUCCCCCAACCGGUGUUGCGACUCUCCCCCCAUGUUGAACCUUCUAGCACGGUUGUGUCCUUGGAGUGGCUAGAUAUCCAGUUGGCCAUCGGAACAAAAGUCUCAGACUACAUCUUGCAUCAUAAAAAGGUUGAUGAGUACACAGAUACGGAUCUCUACACAGGAGAAUCCUUGAGCCUUGUGGAUGAUUUACUCUCUGGCCUUGGGACCGCCUGUGUGGCUGCCGGGAGGAGCCAUGGAGAUGCCCCUGACACCAGCCUCUACUCCGUCAUUUUCAAGUGUCUGGAGCCUGAUGGAUUAUACAAAUUCACACUUUAUGCUGUGGACACUCGUGGAAGGCACUCUGAGCUGAGCACGGUCACCUUGAGAACAGCCUGUCCAUUGGUGGAUGACAGCAAGGCGGAGGAGAUAGCAGAUAAGAUCUACAACUUGUACAAUGGCUACACUAGUGGAAAGGAGCAGCAGACAGCCUACAACACCCUGAUGGAGGUCUCAGCUUCUAUGCUUUUCCGUGUCCAGCACCACUACAAUUUCCACUAUGAGAAGUUUGGGGACUUUGUCUGGCGGAGUGAGGAUGAACUUGGGCCUAGGAAAGCACACCUCAUUCUGAGGAGGCUGGAGAAGGUCAGCAACCACUGCUCCACCUUGCUUCGCAGUCCCUACAUCCAGAGCCACACCGACACCAUGCCUUACCUGUUCUGUCGUAGCGAAGAGGUCCGGCCGCCUGGAAUGGUCUGGUACAGCAUCCUAAAGGACACAAAAAUCACAUGCGAGGAGAAAAUGAUCUCCAUGCUGCGCAACAUGUAUGGCGAGUCCAAGGGGCGAUGAGAGAAGAUGCCACCCAAUGGAUGUAACAGACUGGAUGGGGCACAUGGGACUCCUCAGCAUCAAAGACUUAAGCCACCAUCUUGCAACUUGAGAGACAGGAGAAGCAAUGAAACCAUGGAGGAUUCAAAACAAACACGAGACGGAUGCAAAUUGAGAGUUUGGCCAGAUUUGUUUUCCAUUUUAUUUCCUUUUUAAAUUUUAUUAUAUGAUUUUUAAAGGAAGUACAUAAUUUUGCUCAGUUUUUUUUCAAAGAGACUCUCUCUCUCUCCUUUUAAAGCUCUUUUCUUACUAAAUCCCAAGGGUAUAUGCCCAAAAGUCACGAGGAAGAGGCAGAAGGGGGAAAGUAGACCAUGUGGGAGGGACUCCAUAACAGUGUGUUCAAUCACUCCAGUCUUACUCAGAGUACACCUGGUGGUACCUUUGUGCAGGAGGACUUUAUCUCAGAUGGCGUGCCUGUGGUGAGCAAGAAGCCUAUAAUGAUCGACGACUUGGAAGUAGAUACCAAGCGACUUAACACCACGUCAAAGGUGUAAGGACUUUGCCAGCAAAGCAGCAAAGAGAGUAUAAGAAACACAGAUUGCUCCAGGUCGACAGAGGUGCUGCUUGUGGAGAGUCCUACAGGUUCUUUUGUGCAUUAAAACAUAUUUACUUCCA